AUGAAUUGUAAAAAUGAAAUCAUCCAUUCAAUGCGAAUCAAUAUACUUUGGAGUAAAUUUCUAGAUUUGUCAUUGAAAACAUGCCUCUAAAUCUCUAUUACCGUAAGCCAUUCUCAGGGGUUUAACGGCAUUAUCCAGCACACUGUUUCAGUGCCUCUCUCGACUCUUCAUAAUAGCCCCUCAAUUCCGUCCCCACUUCCCAUUUUUCCCGGUUUACACAUCUACUCUCUCCCUCUAAUCGUCGUUUCUGCAACCCAAUUGUCUAUUACUGGCAUUGAACUGUUGAAAUCUCCAGACCCUCGUGCAGAUUUUUGUUCAUCUAGGUCUGCUGCUCACUCUGUGUAGUGCUCAUGAGCUUUGCAGGAGCUUCUUGGCCUACUUUCUUGGUGGUUUGGUGAUGGACUGCUUCAAUUUAUAUAAGCAUUUCGAUACGGAUUUUGAUUUUGGGUUUGGGUUUUUGUUUUUCAAUAUGUUGUGUCUGUUCUUGCUUUUUCUUCUGGGACUGAUGAAUUGGUUCUUCAAGUGGUUGGUUAUGCAUUCCAGGGAAUUAAAUUGCGGGUUUUGCUCAAAAGAUGGUUUUGAUUUGCAUUCUGGCUCAAAGGUUGGAUCUUGUAAACCGUGGAAGAACUACAGCGCAUUACCAGACAUGGAUAUGCCGGAAGAGAUAGCCGAAGAAAAUGAUGAAAAUCACGAAGAAGAAGAUGGUAAUGGAGAAGACAAGGUGUUCGACGUUUUUACACUGAGAAAAAUGGUAAAGGAUGAAAGAAGAAAAGCAAAAUGUGCUGAAUUAGAGCUUGAGAAGGAAAGGAUGGCUUCAGCAAGUGCAGCUGAGGAAGCUAUGGCUAUGAUUCUGCGACUUCAGAAGGACAAGAGCAGGAUUGAAAUGGAGUUUAAACAAUACAAAAGGUUAGCUCAAGAAAAGCAACACCAUGACCAAGAAGUGAUCAGGUGGCUACAAUGGCUGGUUUCGAAACAAGAGCUGUCAUCAGAAAGUGUUGCUAUGGAAGAUAAACUGAGAUUUGGUGGUCAAAGUUGGAAGCAAUUUAUGAUGAUGAACAAUGGAGACUCCUCUGAAGACGAGACAUCAACUUGGUGCUCUCCUAAUCCUCACUUUCACCAUGAGAUUCGCCGUCGGCUUUUUAGCUCUCUUGAUCUUGAUCUAUCACUGGAGUUAGAUACCAAUUAAGCAGAAAAAGGUGUGAAGUUUGACUCAUAUUAGUAUAUCCAACGGUUAGAGUAUAGAACAAAGUAUGCGUUGUUAAUGAAGUAUCUUAUAUGUCAUUAUAUCCUUUUGUUUUUCAUGUUGAUAUAAAAUGACCAAUAUGACACUGAUUUGCGUAUGACUUUAGAUGUAAACAUUGUUGGCAAUCUUCUUCAUUCUAAUCGAUCAUGGUUAC